AUGUUGGUUCAUUGCCUUCACAUUAAGGAAGCUGGAGAAGUUUUUCAGGUUUUAACACGUAUUUUACAUCAGAGAGAUGGGAUUUUUGUGGAGCUGCUUUUCGCUAGGAAUGUAGUAAUGAGUCUGUUGUUGCCAAUUGGAGAUUCAUGGUUUGAGGGUCGUGAGCGUGUGCGAUAUACCAGAGAGCAGCUUUUACAGCUUCAAGAGGCUGUCAAGGUCCUUGAGGUCCCUGAUGAUAUUCUGAAGAUUAAGCAAGAUAUAGAGGCUGAACUUUUUGGUGAAGAUCAAAGUUGGGGCAGCCAGGCUGAUAGCAAUCUUCCUCAUCAACUACAAAAUCGGUAUUCUGAACCAGAUAACCGUGAUUGGCGUGGUCGUUCUGGGCAACUUCCUUCUAAUCUAGAUGAGAGGUCAUGGGAAAACAUCAGAGAUAACAGUAGUCAAGUUAAUCGCCAAGACCAAAUUAUUUCCCAGUUUGCAAGGACACAAAUCUCUUCUAUUCAAGGGGGAGGACCUACUCCUACACUGGUCAAGGCUGAGGUUCCUUGGUCAGCUAGAAGGGGAAGUCUCUCUGAAAAGGAUCGUGUCUUAAAGACUGUGAAAGGGUAA